CUUACACGUGCGAUAAGUGCGAACACCCUCAUCUCUUGGAAUCCUGCUUGGACUCUCUCCUCUUUUGAGCUUUUGAGCUUCUUCAACGGACAAGCUUUUGCUUGGACUCUCUGCUAAUGGCGAGAAAAUAGAAAACAAAAAAAAUUUCCAUUGUCUUCUUCUCUUUGCACUCAAAGAAUCAAUUUUUUUUUUUUUUUUUGAAUUCAAACCCAGAUAUGUAUUCUGUGACAGUAAAACCGUCCUUCGUAAUCCUCCCUAAAUCUUCACCUUCCGUUCCUUCUUCUUCUUCUUCUUCUUCGUAUUGUUGUCUUCGGUUGUGUUCUUCGAUUGGUUUUCCGGUGAAGACAAAAAGUGUUGGAGGAAGAAGAUUAGCUUUGAGAAUUCAAGCUUACGAUUCUUCAAACAGCGACACUCCCAAUGACAAUGGCGAUUCCAAGCUCCCCAAUGGAACUCUACCGAAGAGCAGGAGAGAAAUCCUACUGGAGUAUGUCAAAAAUGUUCAGCCAGAAUUCAUGGAAUUGUUUGUAAAAAGAGCUCCCCAACAGGUAGUCGAUGCGAUGCGCCAAACAGUGACGAACAUGAUAGGAACACUGCCCCCGCAAUUUUUUGCAGUGGCGGUUACAACUGUUGCUGAGAAUCUAGCGCAGCUAAUGUACAGUGUCAUGAUGACCGGAUAUAUGUUUAAGAACGCGCAAUACCGUUUGGAACUGCAACAAAGUCUGGAGCAGGUUGCUCUUCCGGAGGUGCAAGAUGAGAAGGAUGUACCGGAUUAUGCACCUGGAACCCAGAAGAACGUAUCGGGUGAAGUUAUUCGGUGGAAUAAUGUUUCUGGACCCGAGAAAAUAGAUGCUAAGAAAUAUAUUGAGCUACUUGAAGCAGAGAUUGAAGAAUUGAAUCGCCAAGUUGGCAGAAAAACUGCAAAUGGACAAAAUGAAUUGUUGGAGUAUCUAAAGUCUCUUGAGCCCCAAAAUCUGAAGGACUUGACAAGUAGUGCUGGUGAAGAUGUUGUGCUCGCAAUGAAUACAUUCAUCAAGCGGCUUUUGGCUGUUUCAGAUCCUGACCAAAUGAAGACAAGAGCAACAGAGACGACAGCACCUGAACUUGCAAAGCUGCUUUAUUGGCUGAUGGUGGUUGGGUACAGCAUACGUAACAUUGAAGUUAGCUUUGACAUGGAACGAAUUCUUGGCACUCCUCCAAAGCUUCAAGAGUUGCCUCCUGGAGAAACCUUAUAAACAGACAAGUCUAUAGCUACAGAAAAAUGAUCAGGAGCACCACCGCCUGUAUUGAGCACCACAACUAAUAGAAAAAUUAUUCUUAUUGAGUCCCAACUAUGAGACCUAUUUUCUAUUAGCGUCGCGCUAGGCGACACCGCUGGUGGCCCUAGUAUUUUUUCAUAAUCAUCACGCGAUAAGCCUAAAGCAGAGCGAUGGUUAUAGCUUUCUUAUGCUGGAUUUACUAUAUGCGACGAAUUUGUAUUCGUCUAAUUUGAGGUAGCUUAGAUUCGAACAGAAGGAUGAUGAGGCGAGGUUUUUUGCACGCCACACUGUUAGCUUACCAGAUAUAUUUCCAGAGUUUGAUGAAUUUUACACAA